AUGCCUACGCCUCCUAUGUAUAAAGGAAAGGUGCCAAGAUACCUCAGUAUGAAAGAUUACGUUGGUCAUAGGUACAAAGGCAACUUUCAGGCUGCAACUUUUUCCGGAAAACCCAAACUUAAUUCACAACAGCAAAAAUUACGUCAGUCUGUUCAUUCGGCUUUACAAAUGGAAAACAUUAACGUUCAUGAAUGGCCAGCUCUUCAAAGUUUUGUUGACAGAGCCAUCGCUCAGGAUGAAAUCAGAGCAGGUCAGGGCUUUAGAGAGAUGUGGCUGGAUCUGGGAUAUGAACAUCAGCAUUUCUUUACCCAUGGAUCCUUCGCAACAGAUCCACUCUUCAUACAGAUGUCGCCCGAGUCUGAAAGUUCGAUCCUACAAGUUUAUCGUAUAGUGUCAAAAGUACUACCGGAACUACCAAGAAGAGUGACUGAGCUUAUAUUCGAACGAUAUUACAUUUUCGGCCUUCACUCUUAUUCUGAGCAACUACUCGACAUCGUUGGAGGCAUGGACAGCCUUACCAGCAUCAACCGGUCACAAUUGCUUAGUACUAGACUGAAAUGUCGGAGAUUCAGAGAUUAUUGGGAAGCAUUCGCAGAGUAUCAAAAAAUGCGUGAUUGGUGUUUGGAAAGAGGAAUUCGGAAGAUCUUCCCCUCUCGUGAUUGGUUUCGGGUAUUCUACAAUUUGAUAAGAGGGGACAUUUACGACAUAAAAAGCACUCCUUCUCUACCAGUAGAGAUUUUCGAGGAGCUGAUGACGGACUUCGACAAUCUCGCGCAAGCAGACGAGUAUAAAAGGGGCAAUAUGCUUAGAUUCGCUCUGAAUCAUUAUGGCAAAAGCGCGUCUAAAGCUGUUGGAUCGAAAUGGCGUAUGUAUCAUCAGCAGGUCAUCGUCAUCAUUCAUGAAGGAUUGGUGAAACGCUACGGCGACGAUUUGAAUGGCGACGUUCCUACUUUCAACUCUUUACUCGAAGCAUAUGGUCGUGCAGGCUUGUCUAAUUCAGCUAUAGAGAUAUGGGAUCAGAUGGUCAAUUUGAAUGUCGAGAUUAGUUCUGCUACAGUCGCGAUCAUUUUUGAUAUUUGCGGUCUCAACGGUCGUCUGUCAGACGCAAUCAAAAUCUUUGACUGGUUGCAGCAUGGCGAACGUUUCUUAGAGCUAAUGAAUAAAAAUGCUUGGGAUUCAUGGCUUGAAUGCUUGUGCAGAUGUAGCGCACUUCAGGAAGCCAUGGACUUUACAUUUCAACUCAUGGAGCCUAAAUUGCGAGAACGAGCAGAAGUACACAAGGACACGGAGAAGAUGACAACAGGAACUAAGAGCAAGGACAUGUAUUAUAAAACGAUAGAAAGCGAACUGACGAAGGAAAGUGAUCUCAACUAUCCCGACAAGCAAGAUUUAUCGUACAAACCUGCAAUGCAGUCCCAACAGCUUCGGAAGUAUUCAUCGAAAGGUCUUUCAAUAUACGCACCGGAUGCCAAAACUUUUUCUUUGCUACUAGGUUUCUCCCAUGUUAAGCACAAACACGAUUCUUACGGUUUCACUCAACCUGAACUGCACGCUGAACUCUUACAACGAUUAUAUCAAGAUUACCCCAACCUUGUGCCUUUCAUCGAUAAGCAUGUACUCGUGCCAAUAUAA